CGUAAUGCACAUUUAAAUAGGGGUUAAAGGUCACUAUGCUACUAACAAGAAGUCUUCUGAGAAGGGUACUGUACUGUCGACACAAACACACUCUGGUAGGUCCUUCAGAUCCUCUAUCUAACAUCAGACCUGUCCAACACCUCCAGCCGUCCUCUCAAGCUGAGCUGAGGGUACAGGAACUGGAGAAUAAGGUGUGGCAGUACAACCAUGAGUUCUGGUCUAGACACAACCGUCAAUUUCAAGAGGGGAAAGAUGUGUUUGCCCAGAGUCGGCUUGUUGAUACAGGUGGUGAGGGGAGGCUGAGUGUGAGGGAGCUGUCAGAGUUCUAUAAGAGGUUCUUAGAUGACAAGUAUCCAGAGCAUCUCAGCUACACCAAGGGGUGGCUGAAACUACAGAGCAAGUUAACUUGGAACAUUCUGAAACUAAACGUUCAACAGAUGUUCACAACAAACAAUAACAAAACAUAGUUACAGUUUAUAUCAUGUCAUGUGUGUAAUUGUAUUAAAAGAUUGAUACUAAAAACAAUAAUCAUUAAGAACAAUGAA